AUGGUAGCACAAGCGCCCUCCGGCAAGAAGCCGCUGCCCGACAUGAUGACCUCCAUCAGGAUAGACCAGAGCGGACAGGUGGAGAUCAUCGACCAGCUGCUGCUUCCCCAUACUGUGACCUGGGAGAAGGUGUCCACUCCUGACGAGGCGUAUGAUGCCAUCAAGUCGAUGAAGAUUCGCGGCGCACCCGCUAUCGCCUCCCUUGCAGCCCUCUCCAUCCGGUCAUACCUAUCCUCCGCAUCCGCCUUCUCCUCCACCUCCGAUGUAAUCUCCCACCUCAACCCCAUCCUCGACCACCUCCAAUCCUCCCGCCCGACCGCAGUCAACCUGAGCGAAGCCAUGAAUCGUAUCCGUGCUCUCCUGAAGAGCUCUACAGAUGUCAGCGCGGAGGACCUGGUCGAGAAGGUCAAGACCCUCUGCGGGGCGGUACACGAAGAGGAUCUCAAGCGGAACAUGGAGAUGGGGCGUCUCGGAGCUGAAUGGCUAUGGUCCAAACGGCGCGCGGGGUCAGACAAGAAGGGCCUCAAGGUCAUCACUGUCUGCAACACCGGAUCACUCGCUACCUCCGGCUACGGUACCGCCAUCGGGGUCAUCACUGCGCUAUUCGAGCACGACCACCUCGAUACCGCCUACUAUGCCCAGACAACACCAUAUCACCAAGGUUCCCGCUUGACAUCGCUCGAGCUGACGACGCUGGAGAUACCCGCAACGAUGAUUUGCGACACGAUGCUGGGGAGCUUGAUGCAGCUGGAAGACAUUGACGGGGUAAUUGUUGGUGCCGAUAGGGUGGUGAAGAAUGGAGAUACCGCCAAUAAGAUCGGGACAUACCAGGCUGCUGUUCUUGCAAAGCGGCAUAAUGUCCCAUUCAUGGUUGUCGCCCCUGUCACCACGGUAGAUCUAUCUCUCAGCACCGGCGCAGAAAUCCACAUCGAACAACGACCACCCGUAGAAGCCACCCUCGUCCGCGGACGUAACAUUGAGACGGGCGAGAUGUCGGUGGUGCGCAUAACACCAGAAGGGGUCGGAUCGGGGAAGGAGCGAUGGCAGGGUGUAUACAAUCCAAGCUUUGACGUAACACCGGCUGACCUCAUCAGUUGCGUGGUGACCGAGAAGGGCGUGGCGGAGCGCAAGGAAGGACAAGACAGCAUAGAUGUGGCCUCAGUGUGCUGA